AAUUAAAUUUAAUUAUGAGCAAUCAAAACAAGGCUCUUCUCUCUAUCACACAAGUGCGACCACAUUUGUUCCUCGCUGGAUACGGCUGUAUCACCCCUUCACUGUUAAAACAAUAUAACAUAACUCAUGGUGUUGAUUGCACAAACCUGAAAACAAAGCCUAUCAAAGGACUGGAUAGAAUUGAGGUCCCAGUCGAUGACAAUACACUUGCAAAAAUUACUCAGUACUUUGAGCCAGUGGUCAAGUAUAUCGAGGAUGCAAAGCAACAAGGACACAACACGGUUAUCUACUGUGCGGCGGGAGUCAGUAGAAGUGCAACAUUGACAAUUGUCUAUUUGAUGGUCACCGAGAAUCUGUCCUUGGAAGAGGCAUACCUGCAAGUGAACCAGGUUCGUCCGAUCAUCUCGCCAAAUAUUGGAUUUUGGCGACAAAUGAUUGAUUUUGAAAAACAGAGAAAUGGAAAUGCAAGCGUGGAGCUGAUCAGUGGCAGAAUGGCAAGACCUGUACCGAGUGUUUAUUUACGCAGAGUUGUGUGCUGAAUUUCUUCAUUAUACUUUUCAAUACCAUACAAUUAUUUUCUGCAGUACACAAUCAUUGAUGUAAAUAUUAUUCAUGUUUCUUUAAAAUAAAUAAUUAGCCU